GGGAUGACAUCAUCAUUGCCAAGAUGGACGCCACGACCAAUGAGGUGGGAGGGAGUGUCUGUGUCUGGCUUCCCUACACUCGAUACUACCCUGCUGGAGAAGACAGCAAGGAGGUAGAGUACAGUGGGACCAGAGACUUGGAGACGUUUGCUAUGUUCCUGGACAAUGGAGGACAGCUUCCGAAGGUGGAAGAGGAGGAUGAGGAUAAUGAAGAGGAAGAGGAGGUCACUGAUGAGUCAUCGCCACCGCCAGCCAAUGAGACGUCUAAAGACGAGCUGUAAAGUCAGAGCACCGAACCGAUCAAGAGUAGUUUAUUGGUUUCUAUGGUUUCUCUUGGUUUAAUAAUAAAAGUGAUUUGAUUCUGAA